CAGCAUACAUAUCUGUGUCAGAGUUAACAUAGAGUGGCUGAUCAUUGAUAAACGUUAUGAAUAAUGAAGGGCCCAGAACACUUCCUUGGGGACUCCAUACAGGUUAGAUUUCUUAGAUGAUAAAGUUCCUCUGAACUGUACACAUUGGUUCCUUCCCUGUAGUAGUACGUAUAGAAGUACGACUUAAACCUAGGCAGUUGUGAUAAUGUCAGAUCAUCACAUUUGUAAACUGCAAGUUUUCGUAGUAACAGUUCAGUAUCAACCAUGUCAAACGCUUUACAAAGAUCAAUAAAUAUGACUCCAUUAAAAGGCUGUUCUCCAUACUGGAUGACCACAUAUUCAUAAGCUUGCAUAACGCCGUUUCACAUGAAUGAUUUCUCCGAAAACCAGACUGAGCAUGUCAUAAGAAUGGAAUAAGUCAUACAUAAAGGCCGUUUUCUACUAGGCGGAAUUUUGCGCGCGGAGCGGAAUUUUUCUUUGUCUUGUGAUUUCUCGGGUGGAACUAAUUAGAAAAGACAAAGAGAAAUUCCGCUCCGCGCGCAAAAUUCCGCCUAGUGGAAUGAGCAAGCGAGGUUAAUAAAAAGUUUAUUAUAUGGCAUUUAUAGGCAUUUUUACUUGAAACAAACAAGAAAUGCAAGAUUUGAAAUGCAUAUUAGUAGCGUGGUACACAUUUGGUCGAAGAAAACAAAAAAUAUCAAUGGAUUCCUUCUUUUCCACAAAAAACCAUUCGCAGAUAUCUUAUUAAUAACAAAUUAAAUUAUAAUUUUCCAUUAGUUUUGCUGUUUUGUUUUAAAAUACAUGCGUUUGUUUUUAUGUUAUGGACGGCCGGUCCAUUACGAAAAAAUAAUGGACCGCUGAAAGUGCUUCUCAGCCAAUCACAGUCCGCCAUUUCACCGGAAGGGAUGCUUGCCAUAUAAUAAAUAAUCAUAAUAGAAGUGAUUAAUUUAAAGUUUAAACACAUAUUGAGUUGUUGUCAUGGUAGCAAUGACCUUCAAAUAUUGUCGUAGUCUUUACUUAUUAGCCUUUCUCACACGGACCAAUAUCCGUCAUUUUGGGGACUGUCAACAUGAAAAGUGACUUUUGAAAGUUGUAAGUGAUAGACCGAAUACCCCCACAAAAAAAUACAAUUGAAUUUUUAAAAAAAUAUUGCGCCGAUUGGCCAAUUAAUAAUAAUAGUCCAGACGGGUCACAAAUUAUAAUGAGAGAAUAACGAAAAGGCCCAACGAAAGACUAAGAAGACUUCGAGAAUGCCGUUUCCGACGAUCUAGAGAUUCCAAAUUUUGACACCUAAAUUUAUCAAGCUUCCUACGCCCCUGUUUUAAAUAUAUUAAAAAGUCUUAUACAUGAUUUACGCAACCGAGUAUGCUAUUCUAAUUCUCCUUACAGUUUUAACAUUAUUUCAAAAUGUUAACAUUAGCUUAUGUGCAAUCCAUAACGUCACCCGUCAAAUUAUUUUAGUGCGUGAAGAACUGAAAGAAUUGGCAAAGGAUUAUGACAAGUCUGAAAAUGAUCUCAAAGCUCUUCAGAGUGUUGGACAGGUACAGUACAACAAAUAAAAUUACUGGAGAUGCAACUACACGUUUAAGCAACACUUUCGAUUGAUCAAUAAACCCUUUGGAGUAUAAAAUAACGAACUAGGGCACACGCUCCUCGGACACAUUGGACAUAAUAUAUCGUGCACUGCAUGAAUGGAUGGCAUGGUGAUGUAAGAGGCAAAUAAUUACUCUGUUAUGGUACCAUCCAUCAUGAUUGUAAUAUUUAAAUAUGUUUAAUUCCUUGCUAGAUUGUUGGAGAAGUUCUUCGACAGUUAACAGAAGAAAAAUGUAAGCUUCCUCUAAAUGUUUGGUGUUCUACUAAAAAUUAUAAUUGAUACAUUUUUUAAAGCAAUGUACCAAUUUGCCAAUUUAUUCUUCUUACCAGACUUGAGCACUGUAGCUAUAUGUCAUGUAUGAUUCAUGGUUAACAAUUCACAACAUUUGUAUGUUCUGCUCAUGCAAAUAAGUUUUCAUGACUUCAAUCUCAAUAUCCAAAGUUUACAUUGACUCGUCAAUCAUGGUAUUAUAUAAUUUGUUAUUAUGUAUCUCAUGCAUGGGUAUUGCACGCAUGCAAUGUUAUUUUUAAUUACUUUUGUCUGAUAUGUUCUCCUGGCUUUUCAUUUGCAGUUAUUGUAAAAGCCACCAAUGGACCAAGAUAUGUUGUCGGCUGCCGAAGACAGGUUAGUUCCUUUAUUUUUGUGUAGACUACAAUUUUACAAAUGCGUGAAGUAUUUAUAAUUUAUAAUAUUCCAAUGAUCAUUAUAUUGGCUAGUUUCAGUAAGUGUCAGGAGGCAGAAGAUAGUGGUCAAAGUCAGUGUUGUCGACACUGUGAGUUGACAGCAAAUUCAUUGGGAACAUUGUCGUACUUGGGAAAACCCAACUAUACUUUCCUGAACAAUGCAGUAACAUAAUACUGUAUUCCUUUUCUUAUAUAGGUUGACAAAAAUAAGUUGAAAGCUGGAACCCGGGUGGCGUUGGAUAUGACUACUUUAACAAUUAUGAGGUACAAAUAUAUGUGAAUCAGCCUAGACCAAGGCAUUUAGUCAGAUUGCAGGCUAAUAGCUAAUGAUGACGUCAUAACGAAUAACCCACUGCCCCAAUCUCGUGUGAAAAAGCGCUGAAAAUGUUGAAAUAAAAAUUUAGACUGUUUUUGAAGAAUUAAUAACAUUUUGGAAUAAAUGAAAUAAUUUUACUGAAGAAAGUUUGUUUUAAACAACAACACUUAGUGUUAAACACUAGCAUGUACUGCUGCAACCAUGAUGCCACAAUUUAACAUACAUUUAUACAUUGAACAACUAAUUUUUCGUCUGCCCUAAAAGCUUUCGGUAUUUUUAAAGAGUAGCCAUUCGUGAAUAUACUUUGGGGGAUAAUUAAGGUUACAAAAGGACGCCAGUAUUAAAGUUCACAUUAACUCUAACAGUAUAUGUUUUGAUAUUUCAAUUGCUUUAAUUAUUUUAGUAUUUUCGCGAUAUCUCACUUGUUCCUCGUGCCAGAGAUAUUCGGAUACUAUUUGAAAAUCACACUGUCUUGUGCAUGUUUUUUAGUGCAAAUUGCACCAAAGCUGUGGCAAAAAUUGAAUCAAAUGACUCAACAAACAGACGGAAGUGCGUUCCCUUACAGUAUUUCAUCUGAAACGGUGAAACCCAGUGUAUCGUUGUUAUACACAACUAUUUUCGUUGUCCCGACUGGCUUUGUUUGUAAUUAUAAUCCCCGAGCGAACGGCGCGUUCCUUUUCUCCAAACAUUUGGUGUGUAAAAUUACACACUAUUUUUAGGAGUGUAAUGUGCCUGAAAUGCUUAAAAAUGUCACCGCAAUCGUUGGUAAAAGUAGACUUGAUACAACUUGUCUCGCAAUAGAGGUCAUUGCAAGCAAUGUACACACUGCAAAUAAAGGUUCACACGACUUGUAUCGCGACCAAAUUGCGAGACAAGUUGCACGAAAAAUUCUAUCGCGUAUACAGCGCCUUAAAAGUUGCAUGCAAUAUCGAAUUUCAAUAAUAGCGUCUAUAACUAUUGACAUACACUUUGCACUAUCCUUGGGAUCUGUGAGUGUGAAUUGCACUUGAAAUCCUGCUUAAAUGUUAAAACUAUACUAUCAAAGAAGUGUACUUAUACAAUUUUAUUCCAGGUGUUUACCUCGUGAAGUGGAUCCAUUGGUGUACAACAUGACUCACGAAGAUCCCGGGGAUAUAAAAUACUCCGAUGUUGGUGGAUUGGGUGAACAAAUCCGAGAAUUAAGAGAAGUAUGAGGUUUUAACCACUGCAUGGCCUAGCCAGUUGGUAACGCGAAGAUUUUAAAUCAAGGCUUCAGAUUUACCUGUUGCCAACGGAAGGAAUUGAAAUACGACGUACUGUACUGUACGUAACUGUCAUCUACUAACAUUAGGUCAAAAAAUCAAAUAUAUGCUCACUAAGAAUUUAUAUAUUUCCUGUAUUUAAUAUGAGGGGCGUGAACUUUCCUAGGAAAUUUUGUAGGCAUUAUAGUUGCACUUGAUAUAAGUUGCAAUUAAGGUAAAGGUUAAUGUAUGUUUCCUUAUCUUAAGGUUAUUGAAUUGCCACUCACCAAUCCAGAACUGUUCCUCAGAGUUGGUAUCCAACCUCCAAAAGGGUGCCUCCUUUACGGGCCACCAGGUUCGUUUAUUGUUUAAUGCGAUAUAUGACAAGUAGCAAACAUAACCGUGCUGAAGUACUGUACAUGUUAUAUCAAAAGAACUUCACUCCUAAAAAUGACUUUCACCCGAUUUAUUACUGUAAGACUUACUUUCAAUCGUUAAAUAAUCAACCCAUUAACAACCCCAAAGUCGUGGGAUUGUUCGAUCCACGAGCUUUAAGGCAAGUUCUUAAAUGCCAAUUAAUGAAAGCACUUUCACUGACAAAUGACAUGAACCUUUUCUUGUUUCUUUAGGUACAGGAAAAACCCUACUCGCGAAGGCUGUGGCAAGCCAAUUGGACUGCAAUUUCUUAAAGGUGGGAGAUUAAACACAUACAUGUUCACAAUGAGUGAUUAAAUGUUCGUGAAGCGCAAAAUAUGACAACCAUUUAUUGUGGCAAGAAAGUUUAAUAAAGGAAAACGUUUUUAGAAAUGCAAUAGUCAUUACACCUCUUAAUUCUAAAGGAAUCCUAUAGCGAUAGACGAACCAUUGUUCAUAAUACCAGUUUUCAUAACACCAUUGUAACAUUGUUCAUAACACCAUUGUGACAUUGUUCAUAACACCAUUGUAACAUUGUUCAAUUGUUCAUUAUUCACAGCACCAUUGUUCAUAAAUCAUAACUAUACAGUUGUUGCUCUUUUGACGAUAUUAGUGAAACGUCGGAACUGUAUUUAUUAUAUACAGAACACCAUUAUUUUAUAUCUAUUUAUUUCAUAAAGCAGAUUUUGUUUUUUCUUUCAUAUUUUGACUGCAUCCAUCUAUUAUUAUAUUAAAUAACCGUAUAGCAUGAUUAUUUUUGUAGGUCGUUUCGAGCGCUAUCGUAGACAAAUAUAUUGGUGAAAGUGCAAGACUUAUCCGUGAGAUGUUUGGUAGGUUAAAUUUUUUUAUUAACCUGUAUAGAAAAAGGCAAAUCAAUUAUAUUUGUUAUGAUGGUUUCCGAUUUCACAAGUGAUUAUUUUUUCUAGGUUAUGCUAAAGAUCAUGAACCAUGCAUUAUAUUUAUGGAUGAGAUUGACGCCAUUGGUAAGAGGCAGAUAAAUCCUAGUUUUCACUGGGGUAGUAUAAGCACAAGUAUGAGGAAAGUCAAAACGCAAAACAAAGGAAUGCAGUGAUGCAAUUCUACGUAAGCUUGCGUCGGCACAAACGUAUGGGCAUAAUUUACGACAGAAAAAGAAAAUUCUGUUAAGUCUCAGGGAAGCCAUGUUUUGUUCUUUUGCUUAUGCUCGUUACAAUAAUACAAUAUACAUGAUGUAGACGGUGUAUACGUUCGACGUUAUUGAGAUCCCGUCAUGCAUGGCUGCGUGAAUUUUUAGUGUUGGAACUACCUGACUUACCCUAACCUAAUCCAAAUCAUAAUUCUAACCCCAAUUCUUAACCUUAUUCUUGUUCUUAUUCUGACCGUAUUUUGUAUCGAAGUUUACGUGACCUAAUUCCAGGACAAUUAUGUUAGAUCGUUUGGAAUUUAUGGGCCAAAUGUUUUGAAUGUUAUUUUUCUUUUACAAAGGUGGGAGAAGGUUUUCCGAAGGAACAUCUGCAGACAGAGAAAUUCAACGAACUCUUAUGGAGGUAUCCUAUGUACCUGUAUUAUCGAACACUGGGCUGUUACCAGACUAGUUUUCAACCAUGCAUAUAUAAUUUCUUAAAGUGUGUUUCAUGGUCUGUGCCGUCAUGGAUCACUGAUUAGGGAUCAGAUACAUGGAAAUGUAUAUAUUGUAUAAUUAAUUUAGCACGCGACACCAUGAAAAGAAGUCGCGCUAUACACACGUUUUGUGGGUUUCACCAUGCAUGACGGACAACACAAUUAGUUGGACGAAUUUUAAUUCAACAGACGAAUAUGAUGUAAGAUAUGUAAGUUGCUCUUGCAUGCUAAAUAUUUAUUUUCUUUGCAGUUACUUAAUCAAAUGGAUGGUUUUGAUCGACUUGGACAGGUUUGUAUCCGUGUAUAUAUACUGCAUGUUUACGCAAUCAUGCAGUAUCGACCAUAUGUACUUUUCGCUUCUGGCCUAUAAAAUACAACGUUGAAAGCAAGUUAACGCUUUGCUGUGGAAUUGAUAGGCAAUGUAAGGGACCGCACAGAGUGAAGAGUAGUAUCCUACGUCCUAGAGGACCUGUAUACAGUACUUGCAACAUUGGAUAUUUUCCCUUAUAAUACUGCAUGUAUAUGUACUUUGGAUUAGCGAGAACGGACUCAUAUUUGAUGACCAUGGCCUUUGGGUCUCACUCGGGUUCCUGUUUUGGUCUCACUAUAAUUUAUUAUACGACUUGGUAUUGUAAAAAUGCUGAAGAUGUAAAAAGUGUAUAUUAUAUUUUUAGACAAAUUCAACACUCGUACUGGCUUAACCGUAUAGAUUGCGUAUAUAUAUAUAUAUAUUGACCCUCACAUGUAAUCGUGUAAUGUACAUUCACAAUAAAGUAAUUUAUUCAUGGACGUAUCCCUGUAGGUUAAAAUGAUCAUGGCAACUAAUCGACCUGACACGCUAGAUCCCGCCUUGCUACGUCCUGGAAGACUUGAUCGUAAAAUUGGUAGGUAAUAUUUGAUAAACGUAUCGGAAAACUAUGCGUGUGCAUGAUGUACUGUUUAUAAUAAACGAGCAGGAGUGUUUUAUUAGGUUUAAAAAGUUAAAAACACGAGCGCGUAGCGCGAGUGCAUGGUUUUAGACCUAUUGUAAUAAAACGCGUACUGCGAAUUUAUUAAACGGCUUCAAACGCAACUUCAUUGGUAUUCUUUAUAUAAAGUCAUAAAGAACACUAAUGAGAAGUGUUUUAUCAGGUAUAAAUAAAAUCACUGCACGUGAGGCAUUAUCAGUGAUUUAACAGGCUAAAAAGCUUAUGAAUUAUUAAUGAGUGUUUGAAUAUUAUCAUCAUAAGUUAAUAUUGGGUAGGGAUUGCGCGUGGGUUAAUUGUAAAUAAAGAUGGAGUUUUGUGAGAGCGUUGUAGUUGCGGUAAGUAUAUUGUAUAGGAAUAUCAGAAUAAUACCAAUGUGACCGUUAAAUGUUUGUUUGUAUCUACAAUAUGCCAGGUUUAUUAUUUUUUUAGAAAUUUCCUUGCCUAAUGAGCAAGCUCGAAUGGAUAUUCUGAAAAUUCAUGCUGGUCCAAUUACUAAACAUGGAGAAAUCGGUAUGUGAUUUUGUUGUAUUGCUACACUGAAAUACUGAAUUCAAAAUACAAGAAAUUUUUCAACCAAAGAAGGUUAAAGGCGCAGAAAUUGGCAAUUACGUUAUUCGAUGUCCGUUACUUUAAUGGAAAACGUGGUAGAAUGCAGUCGCAGUUUUUUCUGGAAUAUCCCUCAUGUGCGUCAACCCAACAACAUGAUUUGACAAAACGUUAUUUUGGUCAUAUGGAGUAUUAUAAUACUAAGCUAGGAAUUUGUUUUCGUUGUUUCGGAUGAAGCAUAAUCAUCUUAUUAUAGUAUAUAUACCGGUACCAUAGAUAUCUUAUAUACACUAGAUAGUGCAUCUCUUUUAGUAAAAUUGAAGCCAAGAAUAUUCCAGCGGUUACCCCAAUUUGAAUAGAUGGCGGCCAUGUUGGAGUUUCCCACUCGCUCAUAAACGCUUAAAAAACAACAAUAACUUUCAUCAUUUGAAUAGUUUGAAAAUGUAUUUGGAAUAGGUUUAACUUAAUGUUUAAGUUCCCUGUUUAAGAAAUAGAAAGCAUACGAGUCUUCUCAUUUCAUGGGAAUAUCCUGAGUCUGCAAUCACGGUUUCAAUUUUUGAAUUGCAGAAUAAUUAGAUGCACUAUCUAGUGUAUAGAAGAUAUCUAUGGCCGGUACUUAUUCCAAAUAACAUAUAUUUACUUUCAUUUUGUUUUCUCUUUCAAGACUACGAAGCCGUCGUUAAGUUAUCGGAUGGUUUUAAUGGUGCUGACUUACGAAAUGUCUGCACAGAAGCAGGUAAUGUUUCCAAGGCCAUGUUAUACACGCAGCAGUUUUUCCAGCAACGCACAUGCACACACGUACAGUCAUGUUAGGAAGAAGUAUAUAUGCCCACAGAACAAUGCUCAGAAUGACCCGUGUUUCAUAUUUGGUGUUUCUUGAGCAAGUUUAUUCUAAGAUAAUAUAGGCCAUACUAUAAUUCUUCUGCGAACUGUUUUACAUGAAGUCCAUAACAUUGCUCUGUGUUUGAAAUUGCGUUACAAGUGCAGAAAAGUACGCCAUUGUCGCCAUGUAGGAUAAUUUUGACAAAGGAUUUACUUUGUUUGCAAUUAAAAUAUAAUCCAACAUGUAAUGAUCUUUUCUCUUUUGAGUCCUUGCAUGGGGAUUGGGAUUUGUUGCCCACCACCCAUAGACAAAUCACAAAUAUUCAUGAAUGUUCACAUUUCCUCUUUAGGAAUGUUCGCUAUCCGUGCUGAUCGUGAUUAUGUUGUCCAAGAAGAUUUCAUGAAAGCAGUACGCAAAGUUUCUGAUAAUAAGAAGCUGGAAACGAAACUGGAUUAUAAACCAGUUUAAAUCUUACUCCCUUACUUCGAUCGAUUGAAAAUUACCCUGAACAAGAGAAUCGAUAAUAUAGCUAAUAUUCAAUUUUAUUAUUGAAAUAAAAUGCCUUCGACUAUUCUAUUCUUGGUUGUGUAUAUUGUACGCCAAAGUUAAGCAUUUGACUGGCU